UCAUCCAAUCAUUGUAUUCCACAUUACUCAACCGGCUAUGAUGAACCACGAAGGAUCUAAUUGAGAAUAAAUUUUUCGAUCAGUUUUCAUUUGGCAUGCAUUUAGAUGUUCGGAACAUAAUACAUCCGUCUAUCCUUUUAUUGUUGUGUUUCCAUAUGUAUAUUUGGAGUGUCUGAAUUAUUGCAUUCGGAAAAUCAAAAAGAAAACUGCAUUGCAUUAGGCUUAUUUCCGACGACGGAGUAGCCCAAGAACAUUAGCAUUGUAUUCUGUGUUGCCAGCUGGCAAAGUGGUUUUUACGCAGGACUCUGAGUAAAGAUUAUAUCUGUGGUUUUUCUUCUCUUCUUAAAUGUGUGUAUGUGAUCAGUAGAGAGAAGCAUCCUUCUUAUUUAUUUUGUGCUGUGUAAAUUAAUGUAAAAAGAAAUGGAAGUUGCUCAUACUAAAACAGUUGAAGAAAUUCUAGACUAUUUUGGAACCGAUGCAGAAAAGGGUUUAUCUGAGUCUCAAGUCAAAAAUCUCCAGGAAAAGUAUGGCCCAAAUGAAUUGCCUGCAGAAGAAGGUAAACCUCUGUGGCAACUUAUAUUGGAACAGUUUGAUGAUCUACUAGUUAAAAUUUUAUUAUUGGCAGCUAUAAUUUCAUUUGUUUUAGCAUUAUUUGAAGAACAUGAAGGCCAAAUAACAGCAUUUGUAGAACCAUUUGUUAUUCUUCUAAUUCUAAUAGCAAAUGCCGUUGUUGGAGUUUGGCAGGAGAGAAAUGCUGAAAGUGCAAUUGAAGCACUUAAGGAGUAUGAACCUGAAAUGGGAAAAGUUAUCCGACAAGAUAAGGCUGGAGUUCAGAGGAUUAGAGCGAAGGAUAUAGUUCCUGGAGAUCUAGUUGAAGUAUCAGUUGGAGAUAAAGUGCCUGCAGACAUUAGGUUAAUCAAGAUAUUUUCUACCACUUUAAGAGUUGACCAGUCAAUCUUAACUGGUGAAUCAGUUUCUGUUAUAAAACAUACAGAGCCUAUUCGUGACUUCAAAGCUGUUAAUCAAGACAAAAAGAAUCUGCUCUUUUCUGGUACAAAUAUUGCUGCUGGUAAAGCUAGAGGAAUUGUUAUUGGAACUGGAUUGGAGACUGCUAUUGGUAAGAUUCGUACAGAAAUGUCAGAAACUGAAGAAGUUCGUACUCCAUUACAACAAAAAUUGGAUGAAUUUGGGGAACAACUCUCAAAAGUUAUUUCUGUUAUCUGUGUUGCUGUCUGGGCUAUCAAUAUUGGACACUUUAAUGAUCCUGCUCAUGGGGGAUCAUGGAUUAAGGGUGCCGUCUAUUACUUUAAAAUUGCCGUUGCUUUGGCUGUUGCUGCUAUUCCUGAAGGAUUACCUGCUGUAAUUACAACUUGCUUAGCAUUAGGUACUAGGAGAAUGGCUAAGAAGAAUGCAAUUGUGAGAUCUUUGCCUUCAGUAGAAACUCUAGGUUGCACAUCUGUCAUUUGUUCUGACAAAACUGGUACUUUAACAACCAAUCAAAUGUCAGUAAAUAGGAUUCUUGUGGUUGACAAAAUUGAAUCAAAUGAAACUAAAUUUCAUGAAUUUGAAGUUACUGGUUCGACUUAUGAACCAGUUGGUGACAUCUUUUUGAAGGGCCAGAAAGUUCGUUGCUCAGAUUUUGAAUCUUUAUGCGAAUUAGGGACAAUUUGUGUAAUGUGCAAUGAUUCUAGCAUAGAUUUCAAUGAGUACAAACAAGUAUUUGAGAAAGUUGGAGAGGCAACUGAAACUGCCCUUGUAGUUUUAGCUGAGAAAAUGAACCCAUUUGGUUAUGAGAAAACUGGAUUAAGCCGUCGAGAUGCUGCAGUUGUAGUUAACCAAGGAGUAUCUUCUAUGUGGAAAAAAGAAUUCACUCUUGAAUUCUCUCGUGAUCGCAAAUCAAUGAGUACUUAUUGUAUACCUGUCAAGACAAACAGAUUGGGACCUGGUCCUAAAAUGUUUUGCAAGGGUGCCCCAGAAGGAGUUUUAGAAAGAUGCACCCAUGUUCGAGUUGGAAGUACAAAAGUACCUAUGACUCCUGCAAUCAAGAAUAAAGUAUUGGAAAUUACCAAACAGUAUGGAACAGGAAAAGACACUCUGCGAUGCUUGGCUUUGGCUACCAUUGACAACCCUCAAAAACCUUCAGAUAUGGACUUGGCAGAUUCUACUAAAUUUGCAACUUAUGAAACUGGGAUGACCUUUGUUGGUGUUGUUGGAAUGUUGGAUCCACCGAGGAAGGAAGUCAAAGAUGCUAUCUGCCGUUGUAAAGCUGCAGGAAUUCGAGUCAUUGUGAUUACUGGUGACAAUAAAGCUACUGCUGAAGCAAUAUGCAGACGAAUUGGUGUCUUUGAAGAGAAUGAAGAUACUUCGGAGGAGUAUCUUGAAAAGUCAGGUCUGUCUUUCUCUGGACGUGAAUUUGAUGAGUUGGCGCCUUCUGAACAAAAAUUGGCAGUAUCUAGGGCAAGGCUUUUCUCAAGAGUAGAACCAGCUCACAAGAGUAAGAUCAUUGAGUUUUUACAAGCAGAUGGUGAAAUUUCUGCCAUGACAGGUGAUGGAGUCAAUGAUGCUCCUGCCUUAAAAAAAGCUGAAAUUGGUAUUGCUAUGGGUUCAGGUACUGCUGUAGCCAAAUCUGCUUCUGAAAUGGUUUUGGCUGAUGACAACUUUUCUACAAUUGUUGCUGCUGUUGAAGAAGGACGUGCCAUCUAUAAUAAUAUGAAACAAUUCAUACGAUACUUAAUUUCCUCAAAUAUUGGAGAAGUUGUCAGCAUUUUUCUUACUGCUGCUUUGGGUCUGCCAGAAGCAUUGAUUCCUGUUCAACUUCUCUGGGUGAAUCUAGUUACAGAUGGCUUGCCAGCUACAGCUUUGGGCUUUAAUCCUCCUGAUCUGGAUAUAAUGGAAAGGCCUCCACGUAGAGCAGAUGAAUCUCUCAUAUCGGGGUGGUUAUUCUUCAGGUAUAUGGCUAUUGGAGGAUAUGUUGGUGCAGCUACAGUAGGAGCUGCUUGCUGGUGGUUUAUGGCUGCCCCUGAUGGACCCCAACUGACUUACUAUCAACUAACACAUCAUCUUGCUUGCCAUCAGGAUACCAAGAAUUUUGUUGGUGUGGACUGUACAAUAUUCUCUGAUCCUCAUUCCAUGACAAUGGCUUUAUCAGUACUUGUGACUAUUGAGAUGUUUAAUGCUCUAAAUAGUUUGUCUGAAAAUCAGUCUCUAAUUUUGAUGCCUCCUUGGACUAACUUGUGGCUAAUUUCUGCCAUCACCUUGUCCAUGACUCUGCAUUUCAUCAUUCUCUAUGUGGAUAUAUUAUCGGCUGUGUUUUCUGUUUGCCCUCUGUCUGUUACUGAAUGGCUGGUUGUCUUGAAGAUAUCUUUCCCCGUCAUAAUUCUGGAUGAGACGAUGAAAUUCUUCUCCAGGAAAUUCUUAGAAGGCCGCAAUCCUUUCACUGAAUUGCACUGGAUGCUGGCACUAUGGGCCAUUUACAUAGGACUCAUGAUUUAUUCUCCAAUCUAAGUGGACUGUGAUAGAGAAACCAUUGCAUCAUCUCGUGACAAACAUUUAAAUGGUGUCAAGUUUUAAACUCUUUACAGCAAAAGAUCAACGUACUCUCGAGUCUUCGGGCAGAUGGCACUUAAGGGGAAAAUCUGUUGCCAUUCUAGAGUAUUGCGUUGUGGAAAUAGUAGUGCUUGAACAUUUUAUCAGUGCUGUGAACCUCAAGUCCCUGUAGACUGGAAAAGAAUUUUUUAUUUAUUUUUUUCUUUUUAAAAUAUUUAUAUAUAUGAAAUUGCCUUUGACAAUUCAAUUUUAUUUAAAGAAAAAAUAUUGCAUUUUUGUUGGACUUGCAGAGUUGUUGCUUCUGAAAUUUUAUUUUCACCUAUUUAAUUUUGCUUCAUUUACACACAUGCUUCUAACACUGAAACAGAUAGCAUGCAAAUCUGGUUUCUAAAAGCAUUUCAAUUUUCUUUCAUAUAAAUUAUUUUCUUAAAAAUGAAGUUUUAGUAUGCUACUAGUAAUUUUCCAUCCUCAGCUGGUUUAGUCUCAUUUGUGAGGAUUAUAUAUUUGAUAAGUGCUUUUGGAAUAUUACAUUCCAUAAAAUAUAAAAAUAUUUAAUGCAUUUAUGAUUCUUUCAAGCACUUGCUUAAAAUAAAAAUGGCAUUUCUUGUACUUUUCUCCUAAAGUUUGCUGCAAGUAGUUCUUGCUAUAGAAUUUCAUUUCUCUUAUCACUUAUUUUUUUUUCAUGCCAAAGAUGUGUAUUGAUUUGAACUAGGAAGAUUCUUAAUUAUUUUUUUUUUAACAUAAGUUUAUUUAUCAUUGGAAAAAAUUGCAAUAAUUUUUAAAGUAUUUGCAUUCUUGUUCUCAUAAUUAGAUUCAAAAUGUAGUUAUCUUUCUUCACAUUUCAAUCUUAAUUUAGAAUUUGUUAUGUGUGUAAAAUUUAGUCACAUACGAGAACAAGGAUUUAAAUUGUUUCUUCAGUCAUAAUUGUUCUAAAGCAAGUAUUUUACAGAGCAAUACAAAGAAUUUGAGUAUUUUAUAAAUUAAAACAGGAAUUAUGGUUGUUCUGUAGUUUUUACAAACUAAGGAAGAUAGACUAGUUUAGCUACAUCUUCUCCCUCUUUGUGUUAUUAUACUGAAUUUAUUCUCCUAUAAUGUUUAAUAAUAAACUAAUGGAGAUAUACAAAGAAAAGCAUAUCUCCAUAACAAAUUUCAAUUGAAGAUCUAAAUAUAUAGAUGCAUUUUUACUGUUUAACUACUUAAGGCCUUUUAUUUGUGUGCUCUCCUUCUUUCAAAAAGUUACUUAAAAUUCUCUUUGCAUUUUUCAGUCUAAAUUCUUCAUGCUAGGUCUAAUGCUUGUGCAUCAUUUUUAAGUAGUGAUUAUACAUUAGACUACUUUGAUUUUGCUCAUAAUCAAAAUUAAGUGAUCCACCAUCUGUACAAAAAAAUUAAAAAAAUUUUAUACAUGCAUCUUAGGCAGCAUAAAAGUAAUAUGGUGUUUAGACAACAGAAAACGUCGAUUUCUGUAAAUAUCCUGUUCUAAAGACUGAGUUGAUGAGUAGCCUCUUUCCAUGUCAGCAUCCAUUUUACUAUUUACUGCCAUUCUACUUUGUGUCUAUUAUUGUAGAGCAGAUAUUUAUCAGUGCAACCCUUUAUGCAUUUGUUCGUAAUAAUGUACAGAAAAAUCAUGUAUGUUAUGGGAAACCAUAUGGUUUCCUUUUCAGAAGUCAGGUUUUUAUAAUGAGUAUUAAAUAAAUAUUUGUUGGCUGAA